ACUAAAUUACGGUUAGAUUGACCCAACCACUUUAACUUCUUUUGUUCCACUCACAAGGAUAACCUUAUCCCAAAAUCUCAAAUCCUUGCACCUCACAAGUCUAACACAAUUUCUAACAUCCCCAUAAUUUUAGUGAUGAUGAAAUUAGGAAAUUGAUGAUUGGAUUAACUGUUAGUAUAAUUCUUCUUCCCAUUUCAUCACUAAUCCAUUCAUUCCAAUGACAUUAUGCGUCUUCUCUAAACACCAAAUCUUCAUGAAUAACCUAUCACCGUUUCAUCAUCUUAAUCCUCAUUCUCUUCACAACCCAAAAACCCAAAUGCUACCUAGAAGCCUUUCACCAAUUUCAAUUUCAUUUUCAUCGCCCAAAUUUUCUCCAUUUUUCCACACUUUUCAUGAGUUGAAUGAGUUAAGAACUUUGAAUUCUGUUAUGGAAUUGCAUGCCCAGAUUAUUAAAACACCUAAAAAUUAUAACUUUGCUACAAUUGAUGGAACCAUGAUGAGAAAUUAUUUGGAAUUUGGUGAUUUUUUGUCAGCAAUAAAGAUAUUCUUUGUGGGUUUUGCAAGAAAUUAUCUUUUGUGGAACUCUUUUCUUGAGGAAUUUGAAAGUUUUGGAGGUGACCCAUUUGAGAUUUUGGUAGUUUUCAAUGAAAUGUAUAGUAAAGGAGUUGAAUUUGAUAGCAAAGCUUUCACCUUUGUUCUGAAAAUUUGCUUGGCUUUAAGGGAAUUUUUGUUUGGUUUGGAAGUUCAUGCUUGUUUGAUCAAGAAAGGGUUUCAUGUUGAUGUACACUUGAGUUGUGCAUUGAUCAAUUUCUAUGGGAAGUGUUGGAGUAUAGAUAAAGCUAAUCAAGUAUUUCAUGAGACUCCUUAUAAAGAAGAUUUUUUGUGGAAUACUAUAGUUAUGGCAAAUUUGAGGAGUGAGAGGUGGAAGAAUGCAUUAGAAUUGUUCUGUGACAUGCAGAGAGAUUCUGCUAAAGCCACUGUUGGCACCACUGUCAAGAUGUUGCAAGCAUGUGGAAAAUUAAAAGCUUUGAAUGAAGGGAAACAGCUUCAUGGGUAUGCUUUAAGAUUUGGACUAGUUUCAAAUACUUUAGUUUGCAAUUCCAUUAUUAGCAUGUACUCUAGAAACAGUAGAUUCAAACUUGCUAGAGCGGUUUUCGAUUCGAUGGAGGAUCAUAGUCGUAACUUAUCAUCUUGGAACUCGGUAAUUUUUAGUUAUGCUGUCGAUGGCUGUUUAAAUGAUGCAUUGGAUACUAUCCGCAAUGGAAUGGAGUGUUCCGGAAUUAAACCGGACAUUAUAACUUGGAAUUCAAUUUUGUCGGGUUAUCUUCUUCGGGGAUCAUUUGAAAUGGUUCUCACUAGUUUUCGGAGUCUACAUAGUUUAGGCUUCAAGCCGGAUUCAUGCUCAGUAACUAGUGCUCUACAAGCGGUUAUUGAAUUAGGUUUCUUUAAAUUAGGGAAAGAAAUUCAUGGUUACAUAAUGAGAAGUAAUCUUAACUAUGAUGUCUAUGUUUGUACAUCACUGGUGGAUAUGUAUGUUAAGAAUGAUUGCUUAGAAAAAGCUCAGGCAGUGCUCCAUCGUGCGAAAAACAAAAACGUUUGCGCUUGGAAUUCGUUGAUAUCAGGCUACUCCUUCAAGGGACAGUUUGGUGAAGCCGUAAAACUAUUGAACCAAAUGGUGGAAGAAGGGAUAACACCUGAUUUAGUGACAUGGAACGGUUUGGUUUCUGGUUAUUCAAUGCAAGGCCGUAUCGAUGAAGCUUUGACUAUCAUCAAUCGGAUCAAGAGUUCCGGAAUCACUCCUAAUGUGGUGUCUUGGACUGCUUUGAUAUCUGGGUGUUCUCAAAACGAGAAGUACAUGGACGCCCUAAAGAUUUUCAGUCAAAUGCAAGCCGAGAAUGUAAAACCUAACUCAACCACGAUUUGCAGCUUACUUUGUGCAUGUGCAGGUCCAUCUCUGUUGAAGAAAGGUGAAGAGUUACAUUGCUUUAGUAUGAAACUAGGGUUUGUGGAUGAUAUAUACGUUGCAACAGCACUCAUUGACAUGUAUAGUGAAGCAGGAAAACUAAAAGUAGCAUACAAUGUUUUCAACAAAAUUCAAGAGAAAACACUUCCAUGUUGGAAUUGCAUGAUGAUGGGAUAUGCCAUUCAUAGCCAUGGAGAAGAAGUAAUGAUUCUUUAUGACAAGAUGCGUGAAAGACAUAUUAGACCUGACGCGAUAACGUUCACGGCUCUUCUAUCUGCCUGCAAGAAUUCGGGUUUAGUUGAUGAAGGAUGGAAGUAUUUUGACAGUAUGCAAGAAGAUUACAAUAUCGUCCCAACAAUUGAGCACUACUGUUGCAUGGUAGACCUUCUAGGAAAAUCCGGUUUUCUCGACGAAGCUUCGCAUUUCAUCGAAACUAUGCCAAUUAAGCCAGAUGCUAGUAUUUGGGGUGCUCUUCUUGCAUCAUGCAAAAUUCACAAAAAUAUUAAGCUAGCUGAGAUUGCAGCAAGGAAGCUUUUCAAGAUGGAACCAAAUAAUUCUGCUAACUAUGUUUUGAUGAUGAAUUUGUAUUCGAGUUUAAACCGAUGGGUUGCCGUUGAGCGUCUGAAACACUCGAUGACUGUGUUGGCGAUGAAAAUUCCACCAGUUUGGAGCUGGACACAAGUUAAUCAAAGUAUUCAUGUGUUCUCUACAGAAGGAAGACCACAUCCAGAAGAAGGGGAAAUAUAUUUCGAGUUAUAUCAAUUAAUCUCCGAAAUUCGUAAGCUCGGUUAUGCACCUGAUCUCAAUUGUGUAUGUCAGAACAUUGAUGACAAUGAGAAAGAGAAAAUUCUUAUGAGUCACACUGAGAAGUUGGCAAUGGUAUAUGGAGUGAUGAAAAUGAAAGGUGGAUCACCAAUUAGGAUCGUUAAGAACACCAGAAUUUGUUUUGACUGUCAUACAGUAGCGAAAUACAUUUCUUUGGUUCGAAAACGCGAGAUUUUACUCCGAGAUGGUGGCCGUUUUCACCAUUUUAAAAAUGGAAAGUGUGCUUGUAAUGAUCGUUGGUAAUGAGAGAUGCUGGGAAAAACUUGAAGCAUUUCUUGCUUCUGUUGAGGGCGAAUUCCGGUGCAACAGUAAGGUCGAUACCUUGGGACGGAAGGUUAAUGAGUUUCAAUCUUGAAAGCGACCUCUUCGCUAGUGGAAUGUAAUGAUGUGUGCCUUAUUCUCCAGACUCCAUCUGGUGCGAGCCGCACUGAGCCGCUCAUUUUAUUAUUCUAUGUUGUUACAUGAAUGGAGGGUGUGUUCGUGAAGAGAGCAUAAUAUUAUAUCAAGUAUUGACUAUGUUAAUUGUUAGGGAGUCACGAUCUUCCAUUUUAGUAUAUUGAAAUACUCUUCUCCUUAAAUUGCAAUCUUCACCUUAAAUAGUUUACUUUUUCUGCAAGUCACAAAAUCAAAAACUUGGAACAGAUACGUUACUUGGGGGUCAACAUCAUCACCAUUUACAUGGUUUAGCUCCCACUGUAAAGCUUUACACUCAAUCUCCUGAAGAAGGAUACCAUGCAAGUUAAGUUACCAACAUCUACCACUCUACAAUUUGUGACUUGGAUGUAGACAUGUAGUCUUUUCCAACAGCUGAUAUAAAAGAUUUGGUUCAGUAGAA